AUGAGCGUAGCGACUCAGAACAAGGCGGGAGUACCCAUACCUCCUGCAAAUCAACACCAACCACAGCCACAUGCUGCUUCAAAGUCGAUACAAUUACCGCCAUCGCCGCCAGAGACGGUAGACGGAGAUGACAGCAAGUCCACCACUUCGACGUCAGAACCAGAUUUUCCGCUUCCACCACCAGCGAAUACCCCACCGCAAGUUCUGGAUGUCGACAAGCCUACACCAGAUGCGCAUGUGCCACGAGAUCCGAGACUAAUCCGGCUAACGGGCGUUCACCCUUUCAACACCGAAGCACCAUUGACAGACCUAUUCAAUGAGGGUUUCCUGACCAGCCCAGAACUGUUCUAUGUGCGAAACCAUGGUGCAGUCCCGGAGGUACAUGACGCCGAGUGUCUGGAUUGGGAAUUCUCGGUCGAAGGUCUAGUAGCAAAUCCCCUCAAAAUUACUCUACGACAGUUGCUGGAAGAAUACGAAAACGUCACAUAUCCUGUCACUUUGGUCUGUGCUGGUAACAGGCGGAAAGAGCAGAAUGUAGUGAGGAAGAGCAAGGGCUUCUCAUGGGGCCCAGCAGGUGUUUCAACAGCACUAUUUACUGGUGUGGUCAUGAAAGACAUUAUCGAGCGAGCGAAACCAUUGCGAAAAGCGAAAUACGUGUGCAUGGAAGGUGCUGACAAACUUCCUAACGGAUACUAUGGCACUUCCGUCAAGCUCAACUGGGUCAUGGACCCAAAUCGGGGUAUCAUGUUGGCGCAUAAAAUGAAUGGCGAGAUGCUAAAACCUGAUCAUGGCAAGCCGUUAAGAGCUGUGAUACCGGGUCAGAUUGGUGGUCGAAGUGUGAAGUGGCUGAAGAAGCUGAUCAUCACGGCUGAGCCUAGCGAUAACUGGUAUCACAUCUACGAUAACCGCGUACUCCCUACGACAGUCGACCCAGACGAGGCAGCCAAGAAUGCGAAAUGGUGGAUGGACGAUCGCUACGCCAUCUAUGACCUGUCGCCCAAUUCAGCCAUUGCAUGCCCUGCACAUGAAGAGAAGCUAACCCUCUCUUCGAGUCCUGAAUCGUACAACGUCCGCGGCUAUGCCUAUAGUGGUGGUGGACGACGUGUAACACGCUGCGAACUUUCUCUGGAUAAGGGAAAGACAUGGCGACUCGCAAAGAUCGACUACGCAGAAGACAAGUACAGGGCAUUUGAAGACCGACAACUCUACGGUGGAAGACUGGACAUGGAUUGGCGUGAGACGAGCUUCUGCUGGUGUUUCUGGAACCUAGAGAUCGCCACCGCCGAGCUAAAAGAGGCUGAUGACAUUGUGGUGCGGGUGAUGGACGAAGCGAUGUGUGUUCAGCCAAGGGAUAUGUACUGGAGUGUGCUGGGCAUGAUGAACAACCCUUGGUUUCGAAUUGUCAUACACAAAGAAGACAAUACUCUCCGCUUCGAGCAUCCCACACAACCCGCACUAAUGCCUGGUGGCUGGAUGGAGCGCGUCAAAAAGGUUGGCGGAAAUCUCACAAACGGAUACUGGGGUGAGAAGAUUGGCGGCGAAGAGCCGGAGCAUGCUGCUAUCGAGGAGGCAAAGGAGAUCAAGAUGACAAAGGAUAGUGUCGACAAGAUCAUUGAGAUCGAUGAGUUGCGGAAACAUGACAAGGCCGAGAAUCCAUGGUUCGUGGUCAACGGCGAAGUCUACGACGGUACUGCUUUCUUGGAAGGUCAUCCAGGUGGUGCGCAGAGCAUUAUCAGCGCUGCAGGCCUAGAUGCCACUGACGAGUUUAUGGCAAUCCAUAGCGAGACAGCCAAAGCCAUGAUGCCAGACUACCACAUCGGCACUCUCGACGAAGCAUCUCGUAAAGUCCUAGCAGAAGGCGAACACGUCCAAGAAUCCAACGAGCCGCGGCCUAGCUUCCUUGACUCCCGCACAUGGCGCAAAACACUCCUGUACUCUAAGAAGAAGGUCUCUUGGGACACACGCAUCUUCCGCUUCAAACUCGACCACGAAGACCAAGCCCUUGGUCUUCCCACCGGCCAACAUCUCAUGAUCCGUCUCCGCGACCCCGUGACCCGCGAGGCCAUAAUCCGCUCUUACACACCCAUCAGCCAAACGACACAGAAGGGAUUCUGCGACGUUUUGAUCAAAGUCUACGCCGAUACUCCCGGCCGUGCUGGUGGCAAGAUGACGAAAGCACUCGAUUCUAUUCCUACGGGCCAUUGGGUCGAUUUUAAAGGCCCGAUCGGCAAGUUUGAAUACCUUGGUCGUGGCCUCUGCGCUGUCAAUGGCAAAGAGAGGAGAGUGAAGCGCUUUUUCAUGGUUUGUGGUGGCAGUGGUAUCACGCCUAUCUUCCAAGUCUUGCGCGCUGUCAUGCAGGAUAAAGAGGAUACCACACAUUGCACUGUUCUCAACGGCAACCGCUUGGUCGAGGACAUUUUGUGCAGAGAGGACCUGGAUAACUUUGCGAAGGAUAAUGCAGAGAGGUGCAAGUUGCUGUAUACGUUGACACAAGGGCCAGAGGACUGGCAAGGCUUGAGGGGGCGCAUUGGUGCGCCGUUGCUGCAAGAACAUUGCGUGAAAGAUGAGGGUGAGAGCUUGGUGCUUAUUUGCGGACCGGAGGCUUUGGAGAAGGCUGCACACAAGGCGUUAAAUGAGCAGGGCUGGAGCGACGAGGAGUUGAUGUUCUUCUAA